AUGGCUUGCGUAGGCCGUAUAGCUCUCGAUGAUGAAAAGAAGAAACUGAUCAACACAUUAUAUAUCACACAGCAACCCAACCAAGAUGCCCCUUAUAGAUUUGAACCGGGUCAUACAGCAGAUUUAGAGUCUAUUAUAAAACAAGAUGAUAAAGAUACCAAAAACUUGGUGAUGUGUCAUGGAUAUGGCGCUGGUCUAGGAUUUUUCUAUAGAAACUAUCAGCAACUAUCUCAAGUGCCCGGAUGGCGAAUAUUCUCGAUCGAUUGGCUUGGUAUGGGCAAUAGUUCACGGCCGAAAUGGACAAUUGCCAGAAAGUCAAGCCAAACGUGGGAUGAUGUUGUUGAUACAGUAGAAGACCAUUUUGUAGAAUCAUUAGAGGAUUGGAGAAAUAAAGUAGGUAUCAACAAGAUGACAUUAUGUGGUCACUCCAUGGGCGGCUACUUUGCUACAUGCUAUGCUUUAAAAUAUCCUGAACGAGUAGAGAAAUUGAUUCUUGUGUCUCCAGGUACGUUGAUAGAUAUCCAUCCAAUUAUUUCAUUAUUCACCUUUUUAUGUUUAGCUGGAAUACCCAUACCUCCUCCUGAGGCAGUUACAAAACCCAAUAAGAAUCCACAAGAAACUGUUCAACAGGAAGCAGAUGAGAUAGGUGCUGCCUAUCAAGCUGAAACAGCAGCUGUCGAAAAUAUUGCAAAGCAACAGGGAGUCCCCAACAAUAAGAAUCCACCAAGAAGGAUCCCCGCAUGGGCCACUUAUCUUUGGAAUAACAAUAUUACACCAAUGAGCAUUAUCCGUAUGACAGGUCCCUUUGGUGCAAGAUUAGUACACAACUAUACAUCAAGGCGAUUUGCUCACCUUACUGAGGCAGAACAACAUGACUUUUAUGAUUAUCUAUACAAUAUUACUUCAUCUACUGGAUCUGGAGAAUUCGCACUAGCAGCUAUUCUGGCGCCAGGUGCUUAUGCUCGAAAACCAUUAUUUCAUAGAUUGGCCCAAUUGAAGAUGCCUACAGUAUUCAUAUAUGGAGAACAUGACUGGAUGGAUUAUAAGGCAGCAGAGGAAGCUAAAGAACACAUGAAGGUGCCUGCUAAAGUAAUUCGAAUUGCAAAUGGAGGUCAUCACAUGUAUUUGGAAAACCCAAAAGACUUUAAUAGAAUAUGUUGUGAUGAAAUGUCUAAAUAA